AACUCUCUGUCUUUCAAAAAGUGUAAAACCUUUACUGCAGCUAAUCUUUGAUUGAUUUUCCAGUACUAAUAACACCUGGUGAAGAUGAAUACCACUGAAGGAAAUUCUACCUUAAAUUUAUCAACAUCAUCAAGACCGAUUCCUUCCAUCCUUAUAGUCUUCACUUCCCUGCAGAUGUUGGUUUUUGUGAUGGCUUGCGUUGGUAAUGGUAUCGUUGCGGUUGUUUUCGUUCGCUACAUCAAACCCAUGACUGCAACAACCAAGUUCAUCCUCUGUCUCGCCGUGGCAGACUUCUGCGUCGGAAUUUCGUCCGGAUCUCAGAUUUUCUACUUGUUUUUCCCUGAUUUGUCCAAAAAUAUUUACAGUUGUUUACUGCGUUACCAAGUUGUCUCAAUGAUGACACUAGCAUCCCAGCUAGCAGCGGGCUUCACGACAUUUGAUCGUUACCUAGCCAUUUGUCACAGUGCCUACCAUAGUCGUCUGAUGACAACCACAGUAGUUAACAUUUUGAUCGCCUUUUUGUGGAUUUAUUCAUUCAUUUUUGCCGGUCUACCCUUCGUAUACUUCAACAACUGGGAGGCGGGGGUCCGGUGCAGCUUCGGCUACCUAUUGCACACCUGGCUGUACCUGGUCUCUGGGGUUGUGGAAUACGCUUGCAUGGCUUUCUCUCUGUUCCUCUAUGGACUUAUUCUCAGAAAAGCUAGAACAAUUUAUGCCAGAUCUUUGAAAAAAGCGACGGAAGGACCAGACACCGAGCGAAACCGGAAGGUCAUCAAAAACAUCCGGUCUGCCAAAGUGAUGGGAUAUGUGACCCUGGCGCUCAUUGUCAGCUGGAGCCCCUACAAAGUCUACCAAAUUCGCUAUGGUUUCGGGAUUACUUCUGAUUUUACCUUCAACCUGUCCAGUUGGUUGGUGUUCCUUGGGAUCUUCAACAGUGUUGUAAACCCCUUCAUUUACGCAUACCAGAGAAGAGACUUCAGACAGGGGUGUAAGAGGCUCUGCCUUUGCUGUUCGGGCGAUACAAUUUCCGGCGAGUCUCUGAGAGAUGUGAACGAGUCGACCUCGAGCCGAUUUUAAAAUAAUGUUCAAGUUCCCCCGUUCUUUUUCAGCAGUCGCUGUAAUAUUAUCCGUAACAUCCCGUGUGUUUAUCAUUACAUUACUGUAUUUGUCGUGAAACUAGUUAUUGGUAAAUGUGUGUUAAGUCUGAGUGAUAAGUAAUUGUAAAUUGUAUUCUGUAUUAUAAACGUUCUUAUUCUGAUAGCACUGGCG